CACACGUAAAACGUUCUAAUCUCUGUCAACCUGAUCUACCAUUCAUUCACAUAAAACAAACCCUAAGUAGACGGUGUUUUUCUGCAGCACCGAUUUCUGCAACCCUAACUGAACCUGUAGUAGAAGUGAAAUUGAAGAGCAGUAUGAAAGAAGCAGCAGCAAUACCAUACAAUUUAAGAUGUCAUGGUCGUGUAGUUGGCGACCGCUAUUUGAGGCCUAGACAAGUCCAGGUUGAUUAUAGCUCCAAGAGACGUCGGUCCAGACGCAGGCGAGGCACUGAAGCUGAAGAAGUAUUUCUAAGGAAAAUGAGAUUUAAAUUUAUUGAGACUACGUUUCCUUAUCCAUUAGCUGCAAUGAAACACUACAACCAUGGGCUAAAAGAGGAAGAGCAAUAUGAGGUUACUGGUACUCGUGGAAAAGUGUGCCGUUAUUUCAAAAAACUUGGCUAUAUACGCCUAAUGCACUUUAUAGCUGAGCCUAAAUAUACUAAAAACAUGCCCAAUGCAUCAGAGGAUACCGCUAAGCACUUUUAUGCCAGAGUUCAUCAAAUGCCUAAUCGUGAAACUCAUGUGGAUUACUGUAAAGUGCAAGAAAAACCCUCACCACGUGGUCCUUUUCUCCAUGAAGUCGUUCCCUUGUGCUGUGAAACUUGUGGUCUUAAGGAUCUGAAAGCCCUUGAGUCAAAAUCAUUGGAAUUGAGUGCUGAAGGUGAAGGAGGAAAGGAGGAGUAUUGGAAUGGUUAUCACACCUCCACUCCUCCAAAACUUAUUGUGGCACGCAGAAACCCAGAGUUCAUAGCAAAACAAGCCGCCGGGAGAAAGAAAAAACGUUGAAUGGAUCUUAGAAGAAUUGAACAACUAAUAUCCAGUCUGUACUCAUGUAUGACUGUUCCUUUGGCAAGAUUUUCUUGUAAAGCAAUGUUGUUUGCGGAGAAUACUUUCUAACUUGACUACAGUAAUAUUAGCUAAGGUUUUCUGUA